GUUACCCCCAUCUAUCGCCAUGUUGGUUUAGGAGAAAUGAACACCCCGAUACGAUUCGAGACUUUAAACACGGAAAACUUCAGAGCUGCUUAAAGUUAACCAUUAAGAAUAAUUGAAGAUACGAAAGAGAGAAGAAAAAUUAAAAUGAGCGGCCUAGAAGAGAGAAAAGCUAAGCGAAGACGACACAAGGGCAGUUCUGUUGUCAAGACCUCAAAUCAGACAUGUCAAAGUUUUCCUGGGUCACUAGGUUUUGAUAUGUCAAACCCUGCACCAAAGGAGAUAUUAUCGCCAAGUCUUGAUUCCGAGACUAUGCAGAAGUUAGAAAAACUAAUGGAUGCCAAAGAUGACAGUGAUCUGCCGCAGUUAUUGUCCCUGUCCAGGGGACCUAACCCCUACUUAGAUAAAGAACGCUGUCUUUUAUGUGGCUGUGAAAGAAAUGAUGCCCCUGAACCUCUUCCAUUUGGAGACACUGGUGGCUCAAACAAGAGCUUGGAGAAUUCUUUGUCUCAGUUACCUUUAUGGGUGUGUCUGGAAUGUAGGAAGGCUACAGAGCAGGGCAUUGAUAGAAAAGUCGACAUCACUUCCUUUAUGGAUGCAGACUUGCCACCAGAGCCCUCACCGUUACCUUUCUUGGACCCUGGGUUAGACUCGGAACCAACCACGCCUAAUGGCACUGUGUGUAACUGUGAGGCAUGCACAGAGAGAAGACAAAUAGAAACUGAACAUGACCGAGAGACCCAGGAACUUCAGAACUGUUGGACGGAACUCCGGAAACUUGUACGAAUGUUGUACGGGAGACGGGAGGGAGAUUUAUACGAGGAGGAUACAAACGUUCCUAAUAGUGAAUCUGCCCAGGAAUUAGUCCAUAGGCUAUGUGCAAGAGAUCCUCACCAACUCUUUCUACGGCUGGAGUCUCAAGUCCGAGAAUUUGUGAUAGAAAUGAAAGUGAAACUGCUGAAACAACUCAACUCGGGCUACAAAUCUCCUCCUGAGUCCAAGUCUUUCAUUCAGCUCCUCCUGGACGAGUAUGGGCAUCUUUGUAAGGUCUCCGCGGAAAUGGGCAAAAUUCUAGAAAAAUUAAAAACAGAUCACCUUUCCAAGUUCAAUGUGACGUGGGAACUACAUAACAAGCACCUGUUUCAGUCCAUUGCCUAUACAGAGCCUUCCAUACAAAGUAGUCUUCAUCUUAUUAUUUCACAACUCAGACUUGGUGCAGCAUCCAAGGAGUCGUAUCAUGAGGAUACAUAUCCAAACCUCUUACAUCAAUAUUUGAAGUUCGACGAUGAAAUGUCUGUGAUAUCUGUAGUUUGGCGAGACAGCCAUCAGCUGAUAGAGCAGUAUAAUGAGGAACAGGCAACAUUGAAAUUGAAACAGAAAAUGCUCAAAGAGGAUUGGGAGUUCUUCAAAGCACAGCGAAAGAUUUUAGAAGAGCAGGUGGCUAAAAGUGCGUCCUCCCCAGUGGCUCACAGUUUUGAGGCUCAAUUUACGGAGACAAUGAGGAUGAUGUUACAGGGAACUAAACCUGGUCCUGAGGAGUGCCAUUGUCCUCGAUGUAACCGUAAAAGGUGUCCUUGUGAUGAGUGUACAAUAACACACAUGAUUACAUGUGGAAUUAUCAACCCUGAGGCACUGGAGGCCAGUAAUCCUGGGGGACACCCCACCUUUCUUCAUGACCCUAACCGCUAUCGAAUUGAUGUCAGUCCUCCUUCUAUGUCCAGUACAACGUCCAGCAGUGGUUCCUCUAGUCCGCUUAUCCAUGAGAGACUCAAUCUUCCAUUCAACGAGUCAGCUCAAAAUAGGGAGGAUAUGGCAGAUAAUGAUAACAAUCAGUCCAAUGAUGUAGAAAAUGAAGAUGGAAGAAGAUUGGAGGAGGAGAAUCAGGAAAGUUUAGAUGUGUAUGAUGAAGAUGAUGAUGACGAGGAGGAGGACGAUGAUGACGAGGAGGAGGACGAUGACAAAGAGGCAGGUCAGAUGUCUGACAUGGAUAUCUGUGAUGAGGAGGAAGAUGAUGACGAAGAUGACGAACUCGAUAACUAUGACAUUGACUAUGAUGAGGAAGACGAUAGUCGAGGAGUGAGGGAGAAUUCCCAAGAGAAAACCAAGCAUGGCAUUAGAGAACUGAUUUCUCCUUCCAUGUAUCUGGGAGAUGAGGAUGAUGACGAAGCGCUGGAAGAUCUCAUUAGCUCAGAGAAAUGUGAUUGCUUUCAUUGUAAAAAGCAGGCACAGAAUGAACAGAAGACAAAGCAGGAGGAAAACUCUUGUAAAUGCUAUGCCUGUUUACGAGAACAAGGAAACACAGUGUCCACCUCGUUACCACAGACUAUUGCCCCCGAGACAUCACGACCUGCUGAGCUCCAUCUGUAUCCUCACAUCCACGGCUCACCCAGCCUGCAUCCACUGGCCAAUCACCACGUUCCUCCCCCUCUUCUGCCUACUCAGUUGUACGAUCUCCACAUGCCAAUCCGCCAGCCUAAGUCUUUACUACAGACGACAGGUAAAGUCCUGCCAAAGCUGGACUUUGAUUCUCCUGAAGGAAUCCAUGAGCACAUGUACCAUGCUUAUGGAGAGUGGGAUAAUACGUACAAUGCUAGCAUUCCUUUUCAGAAGUACAGUGGUAUAAGUACCGAUCUCCUCCCUCCUCCUCCCCUGACCACUAAUUUUAACACUGCAAGCUUUCUGAACGAACCUUUCUCAGUGGCAACACAGAUGGGUGUCGAGACAGUCUCCACGACUACCAUACCAACAAGUGCUUUCAAAACUUCUGUCAGUCACCAUGUGUCACUAUCUACUCCCCAGUCCAUGGCAAAUAUCACGAAUGUAAACCAUGACCACACUGCCGUAAUGGUGUCUCACAGUGAUCUGCCAGUUAACAGCAUGACCCCUCCCUGUACAAGGCCAGUUACUCUAGGAGGUAAUAUCUCACAAAAGCAGACAGUGGGACCCACCCCUAGUGUUACCUCAGACCAAAAGCAGCAUUCACAACACUGUAAAAGGCAUAACUCAACUCUACUGGGAAAAAACAAUGCCAGCUGUCAGGCUCAUAAUAAUAAUAAUAAUGCUAGUACUGUCAAAGUUACACAGGAGCUGUUCUCAGCUGCUCGGAAUAUCCGGGAGAAUGCUAAAGAGGGCAUGCAGAUGAUCCGCCAGUUUGCCAACAGUCUAAAUGCCAACAAUAACACCCAUUCUUGUAACCACAAUAACAGGAAUCCCCCCAACCAUGUGCUCCAGCCUAAUCCAGACCAUAACCACUGUCCAAAUGGCGUCUCCAUGCCGACAACGGUCAAUAACGUCAGCGUGGGGACAUCAACAGUGUGUAUGGAACCAAACUGUAGCAACCACUGUGGGGAUGAGAACUGUGAUAGCGUGGAUGACAGCUGCUCAGAUCCGAGUUCCCUGACGUCCUCGUCCAACCAGAAGGAGGGGAAAUACUGUGAUUGCUGCUACUGUGAAUUCUUUGGUCAUGGAAAUCCUCCAGUUGCUCCAACAAGUAAGAACUAUGAAGAAAUGAGGAACAGAUUGCGACUGAGAUUAAAGAGAAAGCAACAAACGGAAAAGAUGCAAGAUCCUCACCACCAGAAUUGUAUCAUGGCAAAUUCCAAUCACAACAAUAAUACACCAGCUCCCCCUGUGAAGCCUGUCCCUCCCCCAGUAUGUCCCCCAGAAGAUCCAGUGGAUGUCAAAGGCUUAGAUGAACUGCUCAACUAUAUUAAUGGCACAGAGAAUAAAGAUCAAGCACCUGAAAAAUCCUCCAAAGCUCAGAAAAGGGCGAGGCAAAAACAACGCAAGGCUGAGGAGAAAGCCAGGCUUGAAGCCGAGAGACUGAAAAGAGAAGAGGAGGAGGCAGAAAAGGAAAGACAGAGGUUGGCUUUGUUAGAGUUAGAGGAGAAGGAGAAAGCAGCCCAGAAAAAGAGGAAAAAGAAGAAGAAGAAGGGUUUGGAAACUCCCAAUGGAAUCGAUCUAGAUCUGAAUCUUGUUAGGGAACCCCCGGCUGGUAAAGAAGAUGAUACAGUGACAGCUCAGAAAGAGAAAGGCAAAUCUAGUGCCAAGAAAUCAGCUUCCAAUACAUCUCAGCCUGUAGGUAAAGUCAAAGACACUUCUAACAAUGCCAGCUCGCCUAGGAUUACUGAGACAAGAGUCCAGGAUUCUGACCCAGUGAUCCAUUCUCCCAAAGCUGCUAAGGAGAAGAACGAGAAGUCUAGUCUACCUGAAAGUAGCAAGAAGCAGGGUGAGAAUAAAAAGGUUCCACUGACAAAUGGCAAUGACAGAAGUGCUAAACUUAAGACAAAGUCUGUGCUGGAAGAAAUAUUGGAUGGGACUACCAAGAAACUUAAAAGGUCUACUAUCAACCAGAGUAAUGUUAUUGUGCAACCGGUACCUGUCACCUCUCAGACCCAGAAGACAGCGGUGACCCCACAAGUAACAACAGCACAGCAAGUUCAACAGCCCACUCAGGCGCCAAAACAACUGAAACAGCAGAGUCAAGAGCAACUGCUAAAAUCUGCACCUGCCUCAAAACAGACAUCCCAGUCCCAGAAACAAAAUAUUCCUCAAUCGCCAAGACAACAAACCAGACAGCAGGUCCCACCUGCCCGACAACAGCAGACCCCAGAAGCUGUCAAAAUCAUGCAGCAUCCUCCAAACCUGCACCCCCCUUUCUCCAAAAUCACAAAGCUUUCAAAACUGACCCCAGAGGAGAUCAGCAAACAGCAGACGCUAGCCGCACAACUUAUUGCCAAGCAACAACAACAGCAGCCCCUGCCACAAAAACAUGCCCCACGACAGGCUGGUGUACCUGCCAGCUUCCCACAGCAUAUUCCAACAAACAUACAACAAAACCAUGUUGUUAGGCCAUGUGUCGUCCAGAAUGGAAAGACCAGUUUGUCUCCCGGAAUGAAUGGUGUCAUGUUCAGACAACCCCCACCACCUCCAGUGUUUUCCUCACAACCGCCUGUCUCACUCCUGUCUAAGUCGCCCGAAACCAAGAAAAACAAGACUAUCAAACAGGACGACUCACCUCCAGACCAGGGAAAAGGAGGCAAAAACAAAAAGAAGAACAAGAAAAAUAGGAAUAGUGAAGAUCUGAGUGUUAUUGAUGAAAUCUUCAUGCCCAAGGCUGAGGGAGAAAUAGAGAAUGGAGAGAUGGAUGAGGUGGAAAAAGAACUGGAGGAGUUUAAAAGGUUUUGUUUGAACAAUACACCAGUGAAGAGGGAGAAAUUACAAGUGAACAUGAACUUGAAGGACAUCUUUGCAAAGAAGAAGUCAGGAUUGGGAUGCAGCUAAAUGACGGACACACCUUCAAUGUAUCGACCAGUUUAGUGUUUGGCUUUGAAUAUUUGAUGUUUGCUUGUCAGUGUUAUAUCAAAACUCUUGUCAAAUGAAAUUUGAUAAAAUAUUCCAGCAGGUUAUUUUCCUAAAAAUCUCAACUUAUGUUAAAAUCAGGAAUACUAUAGAUAAUUAUAUAUAAUCAUUGCCUAAGGGCAAAUUCAUUUCAUCUCUAGGUGAAUGAGGUAAAAAUUUGUCAGUUUAGGGAAAAGCUCCUCUUAAAUGUAUUACUUGAUAUCAAUGAAAUGUUCUGGUAUGGUAAUAGACUGAACCUCUCAAUAUCUAUUUUAAACUGUGGUGACCUUAAAUUCAUCUUUUACUUGCACUUGUUAAGUGAUCUAAUAAUAUUUCCUAUGAAAUAUACUUCUAUAUCACAGCCUACAUGGCUUUUAGUGAUUGUUGAAUGUUUCUCAUUUGUUGAAGCCAUUGUUUUUAUUUAUUUCCCUUUUAUAUUGCUCUGUUUUAAUGAGACUAUGCAAAGCACAAUGUUGCAUUGUUAAUGUCAAUCACAUCUUUUUCGACACUGUGUUAAUUAAAAAAAUGAAUCAAUUUAUAGAUGGACUGCACCACUGGACUGGACACUGUGUUAAUUAAAAAAAUGAAUCAAUUUAUAGAUGGACUGCAUUGUGUAUCGUUUUGUGACUUAUGGAAUUAAUAUACAAGGCAUUGAAGGGCAGAUCUUUUAGUGUCUGAUGUUAAUUAUUUAAUGCUGCUGUAUUGACAAUGUGUAUAAGUGUGUUAGAUUUGUUUUCGUGCAUGAAAGAUAUUGUUUGACAUGACAUGUAGAUAAAGAGUUAUUAAUAUAUAUACUCACUGCUACCAGGGUCUAGAGGGCCUGCUAUGUGUAAAGGGGGACACUUUGGGGGGCUGACUCGGUGUUACAGUGGGGAUACUUUGGGGAUGAGGAUGUCUUAGGCUUUGUUGCAUGUUGGCCUAAUAUUUUGAAGUUAUGUUGCCAUGUACAUUCAAUAAAUGAAAUGGACACUUAUAA